UAGAGCAGCAAUGAAGGUCCUCCAUCUCUCCCUGUCCUUGGCCACUCAGAUGUAGAAGGUUUCUUCACUGCUGUUUCUGUAAGAGUUUUAUCAGUCAGCGGUGUUAGACCUGAGCUGAACCCCCAACCCUUGAGGACCAAGAGGUCACUAAGUCUGGGCUCUACCCUUUGGCCUGUUUGGCAUGGUGACCCCACCGAGCCAAAGCAUAAACCCCCGACUCCAGCCAGCAUUACUCUCCAGGUCAUUGAGGCGCACAAGCCUCCAAACCACGACGAGGUUGUUGUCCUCCUGUAGGAUCAAAAUGUUGAUAUAUGAGAUAUGGACCACCCAGGAGUUUGAAGCAGUUCCCUCCUUCCUCAGCUGGCCCUACGAUCAGGACUGCUGACCCCUCGAUGGCGAAUGGUAAUGACUUCUGAUUGGCAUGCCAGUUGGUGCGGUCUGGAAGACAUGUACUUUCAUGGACGACCUGGUUCCCUGCCGAUGUCACCGACAGGAGUGUCACAGGAAACUGAAACAUUGGGGCAGCAGGUGGUGUGCACUGGUGAUGUACGGCCUCUCUCCCUCUCAUCCUCACUCUCACUCCCUCUCUCUCCCUCUCUCUCUCUCCUUCUCUGCCUCUCAUUCUCUUUCUCUCUAUCCUUCCCUCUCACCCUCUCGCUCCCUCUCUCUUUCCCUUUCCCUCACACCCUCUCUCUCUACCCUCUCUCUCUCACCCUCUCUCCCUCUCAUCAUCACUCUCUCUAUCCUUCCCUCUCACCUUCUCGCUCCCUCUCACUCUCUCCCUCUCUCUUUCCCUCUUUUUCUCACCCCUCUCUCUCUCUUUCUUUCUCUCUCUCUCCUUCUCUUCCUUUCUCCCUCUCUGUCUUACCCUCUCUCUCCCUCUCUCCCUCCUCUCCCUCUCACCCUCUCUCCCUCUCUCUCUCCCUCUCUCCUCAUUCUGUCUCUCUCUAUCCUUCCCUCUCACCUUCUCUCUCCUCCUUUCCCUCACCCUCUCGCUCCUUCUCUCUUUCCCUUUCCCUCACACCCUCUCUCUCUACCCUCUCUCUCACCCUCUCUCCCUCUCAUCCUCACUCUCACUCCCUCUCUCCCUCUUCUUCUCUCCCUCUCAUUCUCUCUCUCUAUCCUUCCCUCUCACCUCUCUCCUCCUUUCCCUCUCCCUCUCUCUUUCCCUCUUUCUCUUACCCCCUCUCCCUCUCACUCUCUCUCUUUCUUUCUCUCCAUCCUCUCCCUCUCACCCUCUCUCUCACUCCCUCUCUCCUCUCCCUCUCAUUCUCUCUCUCUCUUUCCCUCACACCCUCUCUCUCUACCUCUCUCUCACCCUCUCUGCCUCUCACCCUCACUCUCUCUCUCCCUCUCUCUCUCUCUUUCUUUCUCUCUCUCUCCUCUCCCUUUCUCCCUCUCUCUCUCUUACCCUCUCUUCCUCUCUCCCUCCUCUCCCUUUCACUCUCUCACACUCUCUCUCUCUCUCUCUCUCUCUUUCUCAAUGGUGAGAGAGAGUCUGUUGAUCCUCAAGAACGUGAUUUGGACAAGCAACAUAGCAGAUUGGAACAUUGAAACGCCUCUCGCUGUUGCAGGAGUGAUCCCUCUCUCCCUCGGUACUGAGAGAGAGCCUGUCCAAGAUGCCGAAGUGUUGGGAUGGACAGUAGUUUUUGAUGGACUCUAGACCAUGGCCACUACAGGAGCUUUGCUUUGGCUUGCGAGGCUGUUGGGAGAGAUUGAUGAUUUUACUGAGGCAGUUGCAAAGCAAGAAACCCAAAGGAACUCAAUUAAAAAAAAACAAGACCAACACCCAACGCACAGCGAAAGAGGGAAAAUAAAACACAAAUCGUGCAAUCAAAGCAAGCAUCAGCGUUCAAAACCAAAUUGGGUCAAUAGACCCAAGUCCCCAGUGCAGCAGGAGUAGGCCCAAAGCCUCAGUCUAAAGUUCAUGAUUUGGUGGGGCCAGCUGUCACAAAGCUCGCAGACAUGAAGCGCACAGGAGCCGAAGGAGUCUCACAGCCUCAAUGCUGCGGAGAGAGGAGUGAACAUCACAUGACAACGGGAGAAACCGGCCCAACCCUCACCUCCAGCCCUGGCACCCUCUCUUUCCAGUCUUUCUGGGCCGGCCAAACACUAGGCCAUGCCCCGGCGUACGCCCUCGACUUUGCUGCCCAGACUGAAGCCGCUCCAAAUCAACUCUGCACUUAGAUCAAUCCAACCUCACACCUAGUUUAGGCGGAUGGACACCAAAACUCCACCUCAACUCCUCAUCAAAUCACUCACUCCAAGUCUACCUCCGUCUCAAAAACCGCCUCAAAUGUGUUGCGCCCUGACUUUGCAACGCACCAACAUGGCUCACCCCUCAAGUCAGCUUUGCCUUCCCUCAUCUCUUCAUUGUUCGCGGUGAUAGUUGACCACAAUUUACCUCACAAAAAGUGUUAUUAAUAACGUCCUUAGUCAUAUUUCUUGCUUUCUAAGCCUCUGUUGCACAACUUCAGUAGAACCAUCUUAAACCGGAAGUAUAAGAGUUGGCUGUCCAUGCCUCAUAUUGUCAUGUACUCUUCUAGCAAGUCACCUCUCAAGCCUCCUUUGUACCUCAGGGAAAGCAUUAUAUUUGCUCAAUCUACCCACAUAAGUCCUGCUCCCUUAUCUCUAAUCAAUCAGGGCUUUCAGAAGGGAAUUUGGGAAGGUGCAGGGAAACGGGGUAGCGAAGAGGCCCUGAGGUCGUAACCUCAAGUUUGCUCCAGGUUUGCGCUCUUAGCUGAGUAUCUGUUUGUUGACUAUUUAGUUUUGUAGCUUGAGUAACUUGGGGGCACUUAGACGUUUGGUUGAAUCUUUGAAUAGUUGUAAAUAAAUCAUUCAUAGUUGGUGUUUUCUGUCUCAUUCUCCAAACCCGCGAACCUGCUCCCACGUUACACACCUCCUUUGGUAGAGACAUACAUCCACCCCAGCACCCUGAAGGCACUAGCUGUUUCACUAUUGAUAAGAAUGGCAGAUUACUGUACGUUGCCAAGAUUCCAACAGCAGUGACUGGGUUUUAUGUAAAUACUGAGUGAGAAGCACGUUCAGACACAUUACACCUCAAAAUAUGAUCUGCUGAUCCUCAAUCAGCAUAGAACAUAGAAAAUUAAUCCAUAGUAUAGGCCCUUUGGACCUUUCAAAGUCCAACCCUAUGUCCUCAUCGUGAGUGAUGGAAACAGGUAAGGAAGGCCCACAGGGCUCUGUUAAAACUGUACAGGCCAAUCCCCCGUACAAUGGAUUGCAGAAAUAAUGAUGAAGUCCAGUUGUGAGGUUAUUGAAGGCCAAUUCUCCACUGAGAGCUACGGGGGCCAAGAAGAAUAAGCCUUUCGGCUCAUGAUGGUGCUCCAACCAUUUAACCUAUUCUAAGAUCAAUCUAACCCUUCCUUCCUACAUAACCCGACAUUUUUCUAUCCUCCGUGUGCCUAUCUAAGAGUUUCUUCAAGGCCUCCUAUGAACUUGCCUCUACCACCACCUUGACAUCACAUUCCACACACCCACCACUCUCCUUGAAAAACAAAAAUGCCCUCUGACAUCCUCCCUACACUUUCCUCCAAUCACCUUAAAAUGAUGUCCCUCUGUACUAACUAUUUCUGCUCUGGGUAAAAGAGCUGGCUAUCCACUCGAUCUAUGCCGUGUAUCAUCUCGUACACCUCUCACCAAGUCACCUCUCAUCCUCCUUCAUGCUAAAACCAAGUCCAGUUUAUUGUCAUUUAACUAUACACAUGUAUACCGCCAAAUGAAACAACGUUCCUCCAAACCAGUAGUACACAUAUAACACACAAUAACUUAGUUCACUACGGAUAAAAUCUACGGAAGAAUUUACAUAUACAAGAUGGGUGACCCUAAACUGCAGGAGGUCUUCAACUUUCUUCUCGAGUCCUCAGGGAUCGACAUGUACAGAUCACAAGUCAACGAGGAGAGUGAAAUUGUAAGCAUUGUGGGGGCCUAUGAACUCAUAGUUCCCUGCUGUUGGAAAAAGCUAUGACCUCAGGUUUAGAGUGAUCAGCUUGGUUUCACAUAUAACACUGUAAGAAGUACCUUUUUUUGCAAAGAACCGAACCUCUGAAUAAGUUUGUAUAAAUUUCACUGCUAGGGGUAUAGUUGUGUCAUAAACUUUCAAAGUGCAUUUUGAGGCCUGUUCGCUGACUGUGUAA